AUGAAUCUCGCUGACGUUUCGCGGCGAAGGAGCCCUGUGCGCCAUGAACCCUCACUCGACUGGCCCCCGACACCCGACGCUCUGAGGCCUUCACCCUUCCCGCACCCCGUGCUACAAGCCCUCUACAGCUUAUCCCGCAUGCUGCUCUUCCCAGCCUACUGGUCUCUGGACCAGUUGCUGGGCUGCUGGGCACCAAUGGCACGAUCUAGCAGGUUGGGGUGGCUCAAAGUCCUAGCAGGAAGUGCGGCGGCGUUGCUAUUGGUGGUGGUAGUUGGCCUACCCCUGGCACUGUUUGGCCUUGUGCUCUGGCUGCCCCUACAGGUCUGGCGCCGCCCCUUCUGCUACCAGCCUCCUCCGGCCUGCUGGGUGUGGCCACAGCCCUGGCACCCGCCUGCUGAACGCGUGCGCUGCUUUGUCUUUUUCACUGCCAAUCUAUGCCUGCUCCCUGAUGGGCUGGCACGCUUCAGCAACCUGUCGCACAGCCAGCAGCGCUCGGAGGCCAUUGCCACCGCACUGCUAGGUAGCCUUCGAAUGCCACACUAUGGGGCUACCGAAUGCAGCCAGUCGCUGCCUGGGGUGCCUGCUGGUGUGCUGAGUGCCACAAUACCUACGGGUUUGGACUUCGUGUGCCUACAGGAAGUGUUCGAUCUCCGCGCAGCUCGUCGUCUUGUGCACAUCCUGGUGUCAAAUCUAGGCCCAGUGCUGUACGAUGUAGGCACAUUUGGCUUAGUGCCUGGGCCAUACAUCAAGGUACUGGGCAGUGGGCUUCUACUGGCCUCGCGCUACCCGCUGCUGCGUGCCACCUUCCGUUGCUUUCCUAACGCUCGUGGCGAGGACGCCCUGGCCUCCAAAGGUCUACUAUCCGCCCAGGCACAACUGGGCAUCCUGGACGGGCGUCGUAUCGUGGGAUACCUUCAUUGCACACACUUGCAGGCACCCGUUGGAGAUGGGCAUGUUCGCUGCAAACAGCUGACCCUACUGCUGGAAUGGGUGGAGGAGUUCGAGGCAGAGAGCCGCCAGAGUGAUGAGGCUGUAGCCUUCAGUGUCCUCCUGGGAGACCUAAAUUUUGACAACAGUUCACUAGAUCACACAAAGGAGCAGGGACACAAACUCUUCAGCUGUUUUCAGGACCCCUGCCGGCUAGGCACCUGCCAAGAGCAGCCCUGGGCCUUGGGGACGAUUUUGAGCACUUCCACGCUACACCACGCCAUUGCCUGCUCCCCAGAAAUGUUACGAAGGGCCCUGGAGCAGGAAAAAGGGCGCCGCCUCUACCUGGCAGGACCCCUUAGUGGAAGUCACUACAGUAAAUCCUGGCAGGGCAGGCGCCUGGACUAUAUCAUGUACCGUGGAAUUCCUGACAGUCACCUGCGUCCAGAGGUGGAGCAGGUGACUUUCAGUACUGCACUGGCGGGGCUCACGGACCACUUAGCUGUGGGCCUGAAUCUUCAAGUUUCGUGCUACUAA